AUGGAUGUCCCAGGACCCCACGAUAAGGGCGAAGGAGUUUACACCAACAUCCACCGGAUCCGUCGGGAUAUCAUAUCGGUGGUGGAGGACUAUCUGAGCCUGGAUCAACUGCGCGAUAUCCGCAUCAACAUAUCUGUUGUUCGUCCGCUGGUGGACAAGUUCUAUGCGCAGGACGAUAUUUCAAUAGUCUACUGCUUGCUGGUCAACCGCGCGCAGUUCCUGAACGAGCAGUCGCAUCUCAACAACAGGCAAAAUGUCAACUACACACGCGCCAUGCUCGAGGACAACGAGGGUCCAGAGGGUCUUUUGGUGCUGGCUCAUAUCCUUAUUGCUGGCUUUGAGCCGUUCCAAAAUGCUCCGUCAGAGAUUCGACGGGAGGUCCGUGCGCAGACAGCAUGGCAUAAGACGCUACCAGCCUUGGAGGUAGCCAUCCUGAGUGAGGCCAAGAUCUUUUUGAGCUCGACAUCAUGCCAGAAGAUUGUGGACGCCAUCUACGAGGGACGGGUUAUCUACAGCCCUUCCAGCUUCCUGGAGAUUAUCCCCGAUCGUUACAAGCAGAAGCCAAUAUCUCUGUAUGACCCCAGAAAGGCGCCUCUACUGAACCAGUACCGUCUGGUUGUACCGCGGACGCGAAAUAUCUUGGAAAUCAUCCAGUUCGUCAUCCUCCUGGCGCUCUAUCUUGUAUUCAUGUCCGAGAGAUACGCAGGUCGUGUAACGAUACUGGAAACUUGCUUCACCGUCUACGCCUUCGGUUGGGUGCUCGAUCAAUUUGCAACUAUUCUCGAGCAUGGCUGGUGCUUUUUUGGCUUCCUGUUGUCCCUUGUCUGGCUAGGAAACCACCAGUACUCCUGGGUAACCAUCAGUGAAUGGAUGAUUUACAUUUGGUUCGGUCUGGAUGGAUCUGGCAUCCAUCAUUCGACCGACUUCCACAAAUACCUGGGACCAGCCCUAAUGGUCAUGUUUGCCUUCCUCGGCAACACAUUAUUCCUCACCGUUCUGGUUUCUAUGCUCUCAAAUACCUUUAGCACAAUAGUCAGCAACGCAACCGCAGAAAUCCAGUUCCGACAUGCCGUCCUGACUCUCGAGGGCGUCAAAAGCGACGCCAUCUUCGCCUACCAACCCCCCUUCAACAUCCUCGCUGUCUUCAUCCUCAUCCCCCUUAAAUGGUUUGUCACUCCGCGCUGGUUCCACAAAAUCCACGUCGCCAGCGUGCGUCUGCUCAACCUCCCCCUCCUGCUCGUCAUUGCCCUGGUAGAACGCCGAAUCCUUCCCCCAAUCACAUCAACAGCAGGAGGAGAACGACCAGCGGAAGGGCCAUCAGUCAACUCCUCCUCUUCGCACCCUCGACGCAGCAUAUGCAAAGGUAUGCGCUUCUGGAACAGGUGGCGUAUCACCGUCCACAGUGACAUCGAGACCGUCUUCGAAGUCCCGCCGCCAGAUUCGGUACUCGAGCAGAUCGCUGAAGACGAUGAUCUCACCAAACAUUUGAUCCGGCGGCAGUUCGUUCGGGGAAAUACCGUGGAAGCAGCCACGAAGACACCGGCCAAGGAAUCAAACACAGCCAAGGACACAAACACGAACAAGGACACAAACACGAACAAGAAACAGCCACCUGGUCGUCGUGACAGCAUCGCCCCGUUCCCGGGCCUGAGGACGGAGUUGCAGGGCGUUUUGAGCGAGAGUGAUGAGAUGAGCGCUAUCACGGCGAGGCUGGAGGCUUUGGAGAAGAGCACAAGGAGGAUAGAGUUCAUGUUGGCGAAGCUUACGGGCGGGUUGGAAGAUAACAAGGAUGAUACGGCUAUCAAUGAUACGGAAAGUCCGUUUGAUUCUGACGAGGAAGGAGAGGAGGGGGCGGUGUCGCAAGCUACAAAAGCGUGAGGAGCCGUAAGGAAAUGGGAAUGAGAAUGAGACUGGGUUUGUAUACCUGCGAAUGAAUAGCGUUUGAUGUG